UAACGUCAUAUGUUCAGAGCGGCAUUAGCAACAGCUGAAUCAAGCAAAAUACAACCAUUAUCAGACAAUGUUUCGGAAUUAUUACGCGGAAUAGAGUAUGGAAGAUCCAUAUCAGUUGGUAUAAACCAAACCUGCUGUAUAGCAUCCAUUACAAACCAACAAAUCCAGGGACACCACCAAAGAUGAAGAUAGUCACAAAGAAAUUCAAUCCAAGUUACUGUACUUGUGGGGAGCAUGGGUAUGAGCCACGUUAUAGAAUGGAAAGAGAAAUUGUAUGGUUAAAUAAUGAGCCAGAAAAUAAAGAAGAAAGAUUGCUAGUCGCAAGAAACGCUGGUAAUGAUAGCGUUGUGAAUGAUGAUGAUGCCGAUGAUGCAGAAGUAAAAUAUGAUGCCGAUGAUGUAAAUGAUACCGAUGAUGCUACUGAUGAUGUCGAUGAUGUAAAUGAUGCCGAUGAUGUUAAUGAUGAUGCCGAUGAUGCAGAAGUAAAAUAUGAUGCCGAUGAUGUAAAUGAUACCGAUGAUGCUACUGAUGAUGCCGAUGAUGUAAAUUAUGCCGAUGAUGUUAAUGAUGAUGCCGAUGAUCCAGAAGUAAAAUAUGAUGCCGAUGAUGUAAAUGAUACCGAUGAUGCUACUGAUGAUGCCGAUGAUGUAAAUGAUACCGAUGAUAUAAAAGAUGCCGAUGAUAUAAAAGAUGUCGAUGAUAUAAAAAAUGCCGAUGAUAUAAAAGAUGUCGAUGAUAUAAAAGAUGCCGAUGAUAUUAAAGAUGCCGAUGAUGGAAAUGAUGCCGAUGAUGUGAAAGAAACCGAUGGUGUAAAAGAUGCCGAUGAUGUUACUGAUGAUGCCGAUGACGUAAAUGAUGAUAUCGAUGCUGAUGAAGAUGGUGCCGAUGAUGUAGUAGAUGCUGAUGAUACUGAUAAUGUAAAUGAUGGCGUUUGCGUCGUAGAUAUUGAGAACACCGAUGACGACCUCGCAGAUUGUGGUGAGCCUGACCUCCUUAUAGCAGAUGUUGAAGUUACUUACGAUGACGAUGAUUUUGGAUCAUCCUUUGGAAUCAUGAGUGUGUACUGCGACAGUGGUCUUCAUACACCAUGGGCCGGGAAGAACGGGAUUCAUGAUUACUAAACAGCGCCAGACAUUUCUUUUUAAAAGCUUAUAUGAUUAUAAUAAAUUUACAUUAUGUAAAAUAAAUCUUUGGUUUAAAUCAUA